AUGAACGUCGACACAAUCGCCGACUUCCUUGCUGACCAGCGGGAUCAAGCUCCCGAGGAGCUUCAGGGCGUCAUCAUCCAGUUUGAGGAUUUCUGGGAGCGGAAACUAUGGCACCAGCUUACCGACCUCCUUAUUGAAUUCUUCGCCAACCCGAAGAGCGAACCGCAACGCCUUGCCUUCUUCAAGGUCUUUAUAUUGAAGUUUGCGGAUAAGAUCAACCAGCUGAAGCUUGUCGACCUAGGUCUAAAAGCUGCCACACAGUGUCGAGAUGACAAGGAGCGGUUAACUUUCCUUACCGAUCUCGCUAAAAAGGUCGAUAACGAGAACUCACAAGACGCCUUUGUCUAUGCCACGGUGGCUGCUGCCCGCGUUGAGCUGCUACUACGCGAUGGCGAGGCAUCCCGGAGAGAUCUGGACAAGGCUGAAAAGAUCCUCGACUCCUUCGAUUCGGUAGAGACCAAGGUACACGCCGCUUUCUACCAGGUUAACGCCGACUACUAUAAGGCUAAUGCCGACUUCGCUUCCUACUAUCGCAACGCUCUCCUCUACUUAGCAUGCAUAGACCUAUCCACCAUCUCCCCCAACGAGCGCAAGGCUCGCGCUUACGACCUGGGCAUGGCUGCCCUGGUAUCAGACUCCAUCUACAACUUCGGUGAACUACUCUUACAUCCUAUCCUAGAUGCCCUGACUGGCGAACUAGAGUGGCUUCGCAAUCUGCUGCUGGCCUUCAACAGAGGAGAUCUAGGAGCCUACGACAUGUUAUCUGGGCACAUCUCGUCAAAUCGGCUGCUGCAGGACCAUGAGGAUGAGAUUCGGGAAAAGAUCUACCUUGCCGCCUUGACUGAGAGCGUAUUCCGGCGACCACCCCAUGAGCGCGCCAUGACCUUCAGCACAAUAUCAGCCGAUACCAAGGUGCGGCCCAACCAGAUCGAGCACCUGGUCAUGAGAGCCCUGAGUUUAGGCCUUGUGCGCGGCACUAUUGACCAGGUCGACGAGGUCGUCAAUUUCACCUGGGUUCAGCCACGCAUUUUAGAUAUGAGCCAAAUCGCUAGCAUGAGUCAAAGGCUCGGUGAGUGGGGUGAGAACGUCAAUAAACUUGGCAAUUGGAUUGAGGCAACGGGACAAGAUAUCUGGGCACCUUGA